UUUUAGCGAUGACGCAAGAAGCCGUUGGUAAAGAAGAAAAUUGGAAACUCAUAAAUGCUGUGCAGGUGCCACCCCUCCGUAAUGUUCGCGAAUUCUUCUUUGACAGAUCGAGAUUUGAGAUCCCACCAUUUCGUGAUUUGGCAAAGUGGAAUAAUCGUAUGUUGAGCAAUUUAUUAUACUAUCAGACAAAUUAUUUUGCUUUUAUGUCACUUAUCAUAUUGAUUUGUGCAUCAGUACAGUUACAUGACGUUUUUAUUGGAUUGGUUGCUAUCGUAUGUGUGGCCACUGUACUCGCAUUUUCGUUUUCGUCCAAUCCCACGUUCGUACAAGCACGUCACGAACACACAUUUAUCACGUUGGGUGCUAUUUUGCUGGCGUUUUAUUUUUUCGUUUAUGCUAUAGUUCCAGUUGUAACCGUACUUUUUACAUUCUCACUUCCACUGUUGUUAGUUUUAGUGCAUGCAUCAACCCGACUCAGAAGUCUUAAAGUUAAGGUCAAUCAUCAGCUCGAGCGAGUGGGUUUGAAGCAUACGGUUAUGGCCUGUUUGCUAGAGCGAUGUGGUAUUGAACUGAAGAUAUGAUAAUCACUGUUGUUUCAAAAAGAUAUGGUGGAAUUUUCCAGUUGGGAUUCACGGGUUUUUCCUUUCCAUGUUAUCGUCUUUUUUUUUUUGUUUCCUGUCUUUAACAAAUAUUUCCUCAUCAUACCGCCAAUCGUUUCAUUUGAAAUUGAAAUAUCACGCUCUUCCAUUU